GAGAGGCGGCAAGCGGCGCUGGGAAGGCGCAAGCCCGCGCCGGCUCCCUGCGGAGGCCCGGGUCGGAGAGGGGCGCCCGGGAGGGGCGGGUCUACUGGCACGUGGAGGGGCCGGCCCGGGUUCGCGGUUCCCCGUGCUCAGGUUCCCCGUGCCCUGUCCCCAGCCCAGGGGCUGCAGACGCCUGAGCUCCGUAGGGGUUGGGGCGGGGGGCUGCGGAGAUGUCUACAUCGGACUCCUCCGGGUCAGCCCGUUAGGAGCCGCCUCCCCUCUGCCCCUCCGAAGGGACGAGCGGCCCAGACAGGCCUGGGAAGGCCCCUCUGCCCCGUCAGGGGUGAAAAGCAAAGCUGGAAGGAUUCAGAGAGGGUUGGGGCCGUCUUCCUCAUCCUUCCUUUUCUCCGGGCUCCCCUGGGCCCCCACGCAUUCCAGUCUUCGGAACCCGGCCUGUGAAGAGGGCGCAGUAGAGCCCCAGCGGAGCGCGAGAACCCGCUCUACAGCCGCGGGAGGUUGGACCUAUUGUUUCCCCGCCCUGGGCAGAGCCACCUGGACAUGAGACCCGCCCUCAAUGCCGAAACCUCUCGGAAACAAUCUUUCGGGACGGAAGUUAAGUAGCCCCGAGCGGGAGGCUGUGGCGGAAGUGGUCGUGUUACCGCUUGUUUGUGCGCAUGCGCCACUCUUGUCUAGCCGCCGCGCUUUCAGGAGCUGCUUUUGGUUUUCUGGUCUUGUCCACGCUAGGGGGUGCGCGUACUCCCAGCUGUGGUCGCGCGCUAACCCCUUCUGCUGCUCUCGUGGCCCCCUCGCGAUGGCGGGCAUCCUGUUUGAGGAUAUUUUCGAUGUGAAGGAUAUUGACCCGGAGGGCAAGAAGUUUGACCGAGUGUCUCGACUGCAUUGUGAGAGUGAAUCUUUCAAGAUGGAUCUAAUCUUAGAUGUAAACAUUCAAAUUUACCCUGUAGACUUGGGUGACAAGUUCCGGUUGGUCAUAGCUAGUACCUUGUAUGAAGAUGGUACCCUGGAUGAUGGUGAAUACAACCCCACUGAUGAUAGGCCUUCCAGGGCUGACCAGUUUGAGUAUGUAAUGUAUGGAAAAGUGUACAGGAUUGAGGGAGACGAAACUUCUACUGAAGCAGCAACACGCCUCUCUGCCUACGUCUCCUAUGGGGGCCUGCUCAUGAGGCUGCAGGGGGAUGCCAACAACCUGCAUGGAUUCGAGGUGGACUCCAGAGUUUAUCUCCUGAUGAAGAAGCUAGCCUUCUGAACCUCGCCUGAAGCCAGCCUCACUGCCAAGUCACUCAGGUCAUGGGCAUUGUUCAAGCCUGAGUGGCAGCCGCUCUUGCUCACCUGUUGAGGAGGGGCUGGCUCACUGUCCACUGUGGCGGCAUCUUUAACUGGCCUGCACUCAAUGGGAAACUGACUCGCCUGUGAAAGACACAGUGGGAGAGCUGAAAAUGAAUCAGAAGCUUUAUGUAUAUGAUUUUUAAAUUAAACCUUACUUUUUCAGACUGCCUCUCCCCUUUUUGUGAAAAGUCCACUUACUGUAAAGUCUUUUUUUCCAGUU